GGUGGGUCAUAUUAGUCAAAUCAACCUCCAGUAGGAAUGCUAGGUAAGUAGUAGAACUAAAAUGUUAGCAAAAUAUGCAAAAUUGGCGGAACAAGCCAUAAACAUAAUUUGAAUUUUAGAACCAUUUUAGUUGUUGAUUGAUAUGGCAGAACCAAGUGAGAUCCACAGUCAAAUAUCAGAGAUUCACAAACUUUGCCGUUACGACGAUGACGAAGAAUCAAACCCUUCGGAUUCCCCCGAUUUACUCCUCGACUGUGCUCUUCAUGUUCAAAACACAGUGCAACAAAUUGUAUCCGAAUUCUCUGAUUUCGAUUCCCUAGGGAUUUCAGAUUUCGAUACUUAUAUAGAGCAUUUGCAAAAGGAACUUAACAAUGCAGAGGUUGAAACCACCAAUGUAGCUACCGAGAUUGAGCAUCUUGCAAAAACUAAUAAGGAAGAUUGUAUUCAGUUGGAGGGCAAACUCGAAGAAUUGGAGCAGAUGACAGCUGAGGCUAAUGAAGGAAGUGUUUCCCCAAUGCUGCUAGACACUGACAUGAAUCUAGGCGAAAAUUUGGAGCAUUUGGAACUUGAAAAUAAGGUUGAUGAAAUGAAGUCAAUUCUGGAGGCUGUGGAGUGUUUGCAGUGUAAGGUUGAAUGGUUUAAUGCUCUAGAGCAGAUUGACGAUGCCUUGACUGGUCUAAAAGUGCUUGCAUUCGACGAGAAUUACAUUAGGCUGUCUUUGCAGACUUAUGUCCCAACGGUAGAGAGCAUUUCAUGCCUACAGAGAGUUGAAGAUACCAUUGAUGCAUCUGUGCUGAAUCACGAGUUAUUGAUUGGAGUGUUUGAGGGGACCACAAAGUUAAAGGAUAUUCAGGUUUUUCCUAGUGAUAUAUAUGUGGAUGACAUUGUCGAUAAUGCAAAGUCUAUCAGUAAGUCCUCAUUGCAGUGGUUAAUACAAAAACUGCAAGAUAGAAUUAUACUAAGCACACUUAGGUGUCUUGUGGUAAAGGAUGCUAAUAAAUCAAGAUAUUCUCUUGAGUACUUGGACAAAGAUGAGACUAUUGUAGCUCAUUUGGUUAGAGGAAUUGAUGCAUACAUAAAGUUGUCUCAUAGCUGGCCAAUUUUUGGUUCUCCAUUGAAGCUGAUAUCUAUCAGGGGGUCAGAUAUUUUGAAGAGACGUUCUCCAAGUUUUCACUGCGAAGUUGAGAAUUUGGCCAAGAAAUUAGAUACUCAUAAUCAGCAAAAUAUACUGGACUUUGUUGAUGCUGUUGAAAAAGUGAUUAUAGAACAGUUGCAGCUUGAUCCUAGAGCUGGUGCUGGCUCUGGCUAAGGAUGUGCUCACAACUUUGAUGCUCAUUGUAGAUGCCUCCAAAAUCUGUAUGUUUGAAGUUUCGUAUCUUGUGCUCAUAUUCACUUUUUUAUUUGCUGAAGAAAAAUAUUAUAAUUAUCCUGUUAAGAUGAUUUACUGCAAUUUUAAACAGGAGUCUGACACGCUAAACUAGUAUAUGUAACAUUCGAAUUGUCAGGAUCAGUUAAUCAGAUAUUGUGUAGAAUUAAUUUUUUUA